GCAGACACAUGCCUAGUGGUGCUGAGCAGCAGAACACGGGCUCAUCCUCUCACAGCAGGCCCUGUGUGCCUCUCACUUUAGGAUCUGGGCACCCUGCAGAUGUAUGGAGAUAUUCCCAGGGUCUCAGCGCUAGUCCAGGCUGCACUAGAAGGAAGGUCCUUAGAAGAACCACCUGAGUCCCUGUGUAUUGAUGCUAAUAGGAUUUUAACUAGUUCAUCAGUGAUAGGAGAUUGAAGAUGACAAAGGAAGAAGAAUUACCUGACUGGCAGUCGUCACAAGAGUUUUAUGAAAGAUAUGAACCAAAAGAGAUCCUGGGAAGGGGAGUGAGCAGUGUAGUGCGACGAUGCAUAUUCAAGCCAACCAGAGAGGAUUUUGCUGUGAAGAUUAUAGAUAUUACAGGAGAUCACUUGACCGCAGAGCAGAUUGAAGAGCUCAGAGAAUCAACUAUUAAGGAGAUUGAUAUUUUGAGGAAAGUUUCAGAUCACCCUUAUGUCAUACUGCUAAAGGACAGCUAUGAGUCCAACACAUUUUUCUUCCUGGUCUUUGAUCUGAUGAGGCGAGGGGAGCUGUUUGAUUACCUAACAGAACAGGUCACACUGAGUGAGAAGGAAACAAGGAAGAUAAUGCGGGCUCUGCUAGAGGUCGUCUCCUACCUCCACUCCCUAAACAUUGUUCACAGAGACCUAAAACCAGAAAACAUCCUACUGGACGACAAUAUGAAUAUCAAGCUGACUGACUUUGGGUUCUCUUGUCAAAUCCCGGAGGGUAAAAAGCUAAGAGAAAUAUGUGGCACUCCAGGGUAUUUAGCUCCUGAAAUCUUACAGUGUUCCAUGGAUGAGUAUCACCCAGGAUAUGGCAAAGAAGUGGAUAUGUGGAGCUGUGGGGUUAUAAUGUACACACUACUGGCCGGCUCACCUCCAUUUUGGCACAGGAAGCAGAUGCUGAUGUUAAGGAUGAUUAUGAAAGGAGAAUAUGAGUUUGGCUCUCCAGAGUGGGAUGAUCGGUCAGAUACUGUUAAAGAUCUGAUUGCUCGACUUCUGGUAGUGAACCCAGAGAGACGUCUCACAGCAGAUGAGGCCUUAGCCCACCCUUUCUUCCAGCAAUAUGUAGUGGAGGAAGUGCGUCAUUUUAGUCCAUACAGAAAAUUCAAGGUUGUUUGCCUAACUGUGCUGGCGUCUGUUAGGAUCUACCACUACUACCGUAAAGUGAAGCCUGUAACCAAGGAAAUCAUUAUACGGGACCCAUAUGCUAUUAAGCCAGUCAGGAAGCUGAUUGAUGCCUGUGCAUUUAGAAUGUAUGGACACUGGGUAAAGAAGAGUGAACAACAGAACAGAGCAGCCUUAUUUGAGAAUACUGCCAAAGCCAUUCUACUGUCACUGGUUGCAGAAUCCAAUAUUUAAUUAAUAUGGUGAUUAUUUUAUAAGUUCCAGCCAUCCAUAUCAUCUUUCAGCUAUAAUACAGAACUGUGUGUGUAUGUAAAUAUAUUUAUUUAGUGAAAGAUGAUAAAUUGCUUAUGUUAAUCUUUUGUAUAACCUUAAAGGGACAGUAAACCAUAAAAAUAAUGUUAUAUAAUUCUGCACAUAGUGCAGGAUUAUAUAACAUUAUAUUAGCCAAACAUUAUAAAUCAUAAUGUACCCUAUUAAUUUUUUUAAAAAAAACCGCUGUUUUACAGACCCGCUCUCUGUACUCUGCUCUGUCAGACAGCAGGAGCGAGCUGCACUUAGUCUUAUGACGUGGUCAGGCCGGGCUGUGACUAUACAGCUGGCCCGAUGCGCUGAGUAAAUAUAACAGACCCGCUCAGCAGAGUACAGAGAGCGGGUCUGUAAAACAGCGCUUUUUGAAAAAAAUUAAUAGGGUACAUUAUGAUUUAUAAUGUUUGGCUAAUAUAAUGAUAUAUAAUGUUAUAUAAUUCUGCACUAUGUGCAGGAUUAUAUAACAUUAUUUUUAAAGUUUACUGACACUUUAAGAUCUCGUCAUACUGUACAUGAACACAGGGACAAUGAGACAAAUUGAAAUACAUUUUUAUUAAUUAAACAUUUUGCUGCUCAAAGGUUUGAUGUCAGAAAAGCAGUCAUGAAACCCAAAAUGGUAGGUAGCCUACUACUGCCAUCUAGUGUUAUUGCAAAGGUAACAUUUUUAAAACCUUUCAUGCAAAACUGAAGCCAUAUAGGGCUUCUAAUACAUCCAUGCUCCUGAGUCUACCAACCUGCUUUUUAACAAAGAAUACCAAGAGAACUAAGUAAACUUGAUUUAAUAUUUUUUUAUUUAGAUUUUUUUUAAUUUCACACUGAUAAACAGUUAGUUAGCAGCUAAGGAAUAUUAUCAGAAAGCUUUUAUACAUCAAACUAAAUGUACAUAUUGAAUUUACACAUUCAGUAUGAAACUAGGACAUUAGUCAAUUUCUCACACUUAUUAACACAGUAUAUUUACUAUACUUUUAUAUAAUCAAGUGUUUUAUUAAUUGCAUGUUAAUAGUAAGUUAGGAUACAUACUGUAUGUAUUUACAGCUAAACUAUAUAUAUUUACAGCUGUUAUGUAUAUACCUCUAUAUUUUAUCCAAUGCUUUUCAAUAGUGAGGUUCUAAAUAAGAAUGAAGCAAAGCAGAUAUGAGUUGAAGGAUCAAGAUCACUGAUUCCAUCGAAUACAAAAAUGAUUUACUUAAAGGGACAGUAAAGUCAAAAUUAAACUUUCAUGAUUUAGACCCAGCAUGCAAUAUUAAACAACUUUCCAAUUUACUUCUAUUAUCUAAUUUAAUUCUCUUGGUAUCCCUUUUUAAAAACCAUACCUAGGUAGGCUCGGGAGCGGCAAUGCACAACUGGGAGCUAGUUGCUAAUUGGUGACAGCACAUAUAUGUAUUUUGUCAUUGGCUCACCAGAUGUGUUCAGAUAGUUCCCAGUAGUGCAAUGCUGCUCCUUCAACAAAGGAUACUAAGAGAAUGAAGCAAAUUUGAUCAUAGCAGUAAAUUGGAAAGUUCUUUAAAAUUGUAUGCACUAUAUAAAUCAGGAAAGAACUCAAUGUGGGCUUUAAAACCUCUUUUUAAAAACAUGAUGGCAAAACUGGGUUUUAACAUUAUUGAAGUAUGUUAUCUGCUAAUCUGUAUAAAAUAAAUAUUUUUAGGAAUGGGUCAAUGUGAAACUUUGCUAGAUAUUGCCUCAUGCAAAUUUUAACAGCUUUCUAGAAACCUAUUUUUUUUUUUUAAACAAACUCCAUAAUGUAAAAUGUAAAAAAAUAAAAAAAGUUUUUUAUAAAAA